UGUUUUUCUGCCCCUCCCCAGGAGAAGCAUGAAGAGGAAGGCCAUGUUCACCUGCCCCUUCAACGGGGACUGCAAGAUCACCAAGGACAACCGGCGGCACUGCCAGGCGUGCCGGCUCAAGCGCUGCGUGGACAUCGGCAUGAUGAAGGAGUUCAUCCUGACGGACGAGGAGGUGCAGAGGAAGCGGGAGAUGAUCCUGAAGCGCAAGGAGGAGGAAGCGCUCAAGGAGAGCCUGAAGCCCAAGCUCUCGGAGGAGCAGCAGAGGGUCAUCGACAUCCUGCUCGAGGCCCAUCGCAAAACCUACGACCCCACCUACGCCGACUUCUCCAAGUUCCGGCCCCCCGUGAGAAGCCACCCCAACAACAGGGGGGCAACAAAGUCCUCCUCUCUCCUCACCCAGGACCUGUCGGAGGAGGAUUCCACUGAUCUCUUUGGCUCCGAUGCCUUCAGCACAUUCCCAGAGUCCGUGGAGCCCCGGAUGUUUUCAAACCUGGUCCUCUCCGAGGAGAACGACGAGAGCUCCUCCAUGAACAUCGAGUUCUCCCAGCUCUCCAUGCUCCCACACCUGGCUGACCUGGUCAGCUACAGCAUACAGAAGGUGAUCGGCUUUGCCAAAAUGAUCCCGGGAUUCAGGGACCUGUCGGCAGAGGACCAGAUUGUCCUGCUGAAGUCCAGUGCCAUCGAGGUGAUCAUGCUGCGCUCCAACCAGUCCUUCACCCUCGAGGACAUGAGCUGGACCUGCGGCAGCAACGACUUCAAGUACAGGGUCAGCGACGUCACCCAAGCUGGCCACAGCAUGGACCUGCUCGAGCCGCUCGUGAAGUUCCAGGUUGGCUUGAAGAAGCUGAACCUUCACGAGGAAGAGCACGUGCUCCUCAUGGCCAUCUGCAUCCUGUCCCCAGACCGCCCGGGCGUGCAGGACACCUCGCUGGUGGAAUCCCUGCAGGACAGGCUCUCGGAGAUCCUGCAGACCUACAUCCGCUGCCGGCACCCGCCCCCGGGGAGCCGCCUGCUCUACGCCAAGAUGAUCCAGAAGCUGGCGGACCUGCGGAGCCUCAACGAGGAGCACUCCCGGCAGUACCGCUGCCUGUCCUUCCAGCCCGAGCACAGCAUGCAGCUCACGCCGCUCGUGCUCGAGGUCUUCGGCAACGAGAUCUCCUGACUCGGGUGUCCCGGGGAGCUGAGCCAGCCACGGGGGGAAGGGAGAAGCCAGCCUGGCUUUUCCCGAGCUCCCGGGCAGGAGUUUUGUACCUUGGGUUUGGUUUCGUGCUCCUGGAAGCCCUGCUUUGUUUGCAGGUUGGCAGGGAUGGACCCGGAUCCGUGUGGUUUCCCCACCAGGAGCAGCUUUCCCUGCUGUCUGUGCGAGCCGAUUUAUCCCUUUAUGGAUGUUUUGAGGCUGGG